GCUUUGUGGAGCUGCUCCUGCCAACUUGUUGCUUUCUGUUGUGCUGUGUUAUUGCAGCCACUUAAGGUUGUUGCUGCUGCAAUCAUUUGCAGAUCCAAUUGAGCCAGAGAAGUUUCUUUUUCCAACACAAAGGGUCAAAACUUUGGAGCAUGGCUAUGUGUGAUGGAAACACUGAUUUUGUGGUUCUGAGCAAUGGCAGCAUCACAACCAGUGCUACCAACCCUAGUCCCCUCACCCCCUGUGAUGGAGACCUUACAGCCCAGCAGCUCGCACCCAAAGAAGCACCAAGAACAAAAGUGAGUCCAAAUGGAUGCCUACAAGUUAAUGGCACAGUUAAAUCAUCCUUUCUGCCUCUAGACAACCAAAGAACGCCUCAGAUGUUAUCCCAAUGCUGCCAUCCUUGUCCAUACCAUCACCCUCUGACUAGCCAUAAUAGUCACCAAGAGUGCCAUUCGGAGGCUGGCCCUGCAGCACCCUCUGCUUUGGCCUCGUGUUGCAUGCAGCCACACUCAGAGUACUCUGCAUCUCUUUGUCCAAACCAUUCACCUGUUUAUCAGACUUCGUGCUGUCUUCAGCCCCCUCCAUCCUUCUGCCUGCAUCAUCCGUGGCCUGACCAUUUUCAGCAUCAACCUGUGCAACAGCACAUAGCCAACAUAAGACCAUCCAGGCCUUUCAAGUUACCAAAAAGUUACGCAGCCCUGAUAGCUGACUGGCCCGUGGUGGUCUUGGGCAUGUGCACCGUGUUUAUCGUGGUCUGUGCCUUGGUUGGAGUAUUAGUACCAGAGCUUCCUGAUUUCUCUGAUCCAUUGCUGGGUUUUGAACCAAGAGGGACUGCAAUAGGCCAAAGACUGGUCACAUGGAAUAACAUGGUGAAAAAUACCGGAUACAAAGCAACAUUAGCAAAUUAUCCUUUCAAAUAUGCAGAUGAGCAAGCCAAAAGCCAUCGGGAUGAUAGGUGGUCAGAUGAUCAUUAUGAAAGAGAGAAAAGAGAAGUUGACUGGAACUUCCACAAAGACAGCUUUUUCUGCGACGUUCCAAGUGAUCGAUAUUCUAGAGUGGUGUUUACUUCAGCUGGAGGGGACACAUUAUGGAAUUUACCUGCAAUUAAAUCAAUGUGCAAUGUAGAUAAUUCAAGGAUCAGAUCCCACCCCCAGUUUGGCGAUCUCUGCCAGAGGACCACCGCUGCCUCCUGUUGCCCCAGCUGGACACUGGGGAACUACAUCGCCAUUCUGCACAACAGAUCAUCUUGUCAGAAAAUUGUGGAGCGGGACGUUUCUCAUACCUUGAAGCUGCUUCGGAUCUGUGCCAAACACUACCAGAAUGGCACACUGGGGCCAGACUGCUGGGACAUGGCAGCCAGGAGAAAGGAUCAGCUUAAGUGCACCGAUGUGCCUCGAAAAUGUACCAAGUACAACGCUGUAUACCAGAUCCUCCAUUACUUGGUGGACAAAGACUUCAUAACCCCAAAGACAGCUGACUUCGCCAUGCCAGCUUUAAAAUACAGCAUGCUCUUCUCUCCCACAGAAAAAGGGGAGAGCAUGAUGAACAUUUACCUGGACAACUUUGAAAACUGGAACUCUUCUGACGGUGUAACCACGAUCACGGGGAUUGAGUUUGGUAUCAAACACAGCUUGUUUCAAGAUUAUCUUCUAAUGGAUACUGUGUAUCCUGCCAUAGCCAUUGUGAUUGUCCUUUUAGUCAUGUGUGUCUACACUAAGUCCAUGUUUAUCACUCUGAUGACAAUGUUUGCAAUAAUCAGUUCCUUGAUUGUUUCCUAUUUUCUCUAUCGUGUCGUAUUUAACUUUGAGUUUUUUCCUUUUAUGAACCUCACUGCACUCAUUAUUUUGGUUGGAAUUGGAGCAGAUGAUGCUUUUGUCCUGUGUGAUGUUUGGAACUACACCAAAUUUGACAAGCCUCAUGCUGAAACUUCAGAAACUGUGAGCAUCACCUUGCAACACGCUGCCCUCUCCAUGUUUGUCACCAGUUUCACCACUGCAGCGGCCUUUUAUGCUAAUUAUGUUAGCAAUAUUACAGCAAUCAGAUGCUUUGGAGUUUAUGCAGGGACGGCUAUAUUGGUGAAUUAUGUCUUGAUGGUCACCUGGCUUCCUGCAGUUGUGGUCCUACAUGAGCGCUAUCUCCUCCAUAUAUUCAGUUGCUUCAGAAAGCCCCAGCAGCAGAUAUAUGAUACCAAGAGCUGCUGGACAGUGGCUUGCCAAAAGUGCUACAAAGUUGUUUUUACUAUUUCAGAAGCCUCUCGAAUUUUUUUUGAAAAAGUAUUACCAUGCAUUGUCAUUAAGUUUCGCUACCUUUGGCUCUUCUGGUUCUUUGCCUUAACUGUAGGCGGGGCCUACAUUGUUUGUUUUAACCCAAAGAUGAAGCUCCCCUCUUUGGAGUUAUCUGAGUUCCAGGUGUUCAGGUCGUCUCACCCUUUUGAACGUUACGAUGCUGAGUACAAAAAGCUUUUCAUGUUUGAACGUGUUCAUCAUGGAGAGGAGCUCCAUAUGCCCAUCACAGUAAUCUGGGGUGUGUCCCCUGAAGACAAUGGCAAUCCACUAAAUCCCAAAAGUAAAGGAAAGUUGACUUUAGAUAGCAGUUUUAACAUUGCUAGCCCAGCUUCCCAGCUCUGGAUUUUGAACUUCUGUCAAAAGCUGAGAAAUCAGACAUUCUUUCACCAGACUGAUGAACAAGACUUCACCAGCUGCUUCAUUGAGACAUUCAAGCAGUGGAUGGAAAACCAAGACUGUGACGAACCUGCCCUGUACCCAUGCUGCAGCCACUGGAGCUUUCCCUAUAAGCAAGAGAUUUUUGAACUGUGCAUCAAGAGAGCCAUCAUGGAGUUGGAAAGGAGCACUGGGUACCAUUUGGAUAGCAAAACCCCAGGGCCACGGUUUGACAUCAAUGAUACUAUAAGGGCAGUCGUGCUAGAAUUCCAAAGUACCUACCUCUUCACUCUAGCUUAUGAAAAAAUGCAUCAGUUUUAUAAGGAGGUGGACUCAUGGAUUUCACAUGAGCUGAGCUCUGCACCAGAAGGCCUCAGCAAUGGUUGGUUUGUCAGCAAUCUGGAGUUCUAUGAUCUUCAGGAUAGCCUCUCUGAUGGCACCCUCAUUGCCAUGGGGCUCUCAGUUGCUGUUGCAUUUAGUGUGAUGCUACUUACCACUUGGAACAUUAUAAUAAGCCUUUAUGCCAUCAUUUCAAUAGCUGGAACUAUCUUUGUUACUGUUGGUUCUCUUGUCCUGCUGGGCUGGGAGCUCAAUGUUUUGGAGUCUGUUACCAUUUCAGUUGCAGUUGGCUUGUCUGUAGACUUUGCAGUCCACUAUGGGGUUGCUUACCGCUUAGCUCCAGAUGCUGACCGUGAAGGAAAGGUGAUCUUCUCUCUGAGUCGCAUGGGCUCUGCGAUUGCCAUGGCUGCUCUGACCACCUUCGUGGCGGGGGCCAUGAUGAUGCCCUCCACGGUGCUGGCUUACACCCAGCUGGGCACCUUCAUGAUGCUGAUCAUGUGCAUCAGCUGGGCUUUUGCUACCUUCUUUUUCCAGUGUAUGUGCCGGUGCCUUGGGCCGCAGGGGACCUGUGGUCAGAUUCCGUUACCUAAAAAACUACAGUGCAGUGCCUUUUCCCAUGCCUUGUCUACAAGUCCUGAUGACAAGGGACAAAGCAAAACACACACCAUGAGUGCAUAUCAUUUAGAUCCCAGGGGCCAAAAAUCUGAACUGGAGCAUGAGUUUUAUGAAUUAGAACCUCUGGCAUCCCACAGCUGUACUGCUGCUGAGAAGACCACUUAUGAAGAGACCCACAUCUGCUCCGAAAUCUUCAACAGCCAAGCAAAGAAUUUAGGAAUGCCUGUGCACGCAGCUUACAACAGUGAGCUCAGCAAAAGCACCAAAAGUGAAACAAGCUCUGCCUUAUUCCAGCCCUCUCUUGAAAAGCACACCAUGUGCCAGUUCAUCUCUCUCAAUCGGGGAUGUAGCUGCACCAAUGCCUACAAGCAUUUGAAGUAUGGCCCACAGUCCUGCCAGCAGUUGGGUGACAGCUUGUGCCACCAGUGUGCCCCUUCUGCUGGCAGCUUUGUCCAGAUUCAGAAUGGCAUGGCACAGCUGAAGAUUACACACCAGGCCCCUGAUGGCUUCAUGCACCCCUUCCCGCACAUCCACCACUGCCCCUGUCUGCAGGGAAGAGUGAAGCCACCUGGGGUGCAGAACCCUCUGCCAAGGAAUUUUUUCCUUCACCCAGUGCAGCACAUUCAGACUCAAGAAAAAAUUGGGAAGACGAGUGUGCACAGUCUUCAGAGCAUCGAAGAGCAUCUUCCAAAGAUGGCAGAGCCGUCAUCAUUUGCCUGCAGUAGCACUGGAUCUUUAAUGAAAGUCUGUGGUGAUGCUGAGACUAGCCAAAGGGGACUCUGUAAAAAUAGAGAUACUGAGAACACAGAGGACAGCGGAGGGACUGAAAAUAAGGAUUCUUGUUUAGUGCAUCAGAGCAACAAGGCAGAAAGGAAGGUGGAGUUGAGCUUGUCACAGACUGAUGUCAUUAUGAACUCAGAGCAUCUAAAGCAGAGUGAACCAAAAUUUAUAUUUAACCAUUUCAUGGGGGAGGCUGGUUAUGUGUCCUGCCCAAACAAUCCACAAAGUUGUGACAGAAUCGUGAGAGUGAAGUGCAAUUCUGUGGAAUGUCAAAUGCCAAACAUAGAUGCCAAUGUGCCUGCUGUAUUAACACACUCGGAACUUUCUGGUGAAAGUUUGUUAAUAAAAACACUUUAA